CAGCAUACAUAAACAAACAAUAGUCUGUUAUUUCUUUUUAGUUUUUACUUUUAUUUUGAUUUUUGAAUUCCAAAAUAAAUUUGUUUUCCGUAUCCUGUACUUGUAUCCAGUAUAGUUGCCAUUUUACAUGUUUUAAAUGUAAUGUAAGUACCGUUUGUUAUUCAAUAAAUAAAGUAAUGUAAAUUAAAAUUUUGUUUUCAUCAUAUACUUAACCAAAUAAGUAUAACGAUCGAAGUCUAGCUCUUAAGGUAAAAGAAAAAAAUGUCAAAAUAUCGAAAAACGUCAAAUACAUGUAUUUUUCGUGUCUCCCGUUUGACCAAUGUACCGUAAUUGAAUUUUCGAUUUUCCCCUUUCCCACCGAGACCUGACCGGUUUAUACUUGCGUGUUUAAAACUUCGUCUUGGAAAAAUUGUAUUAUUCACAAACAUUGUGUGGCUCUUUAGUAUAAAACUAAACUUAAAAAUAUUAGAAAAGGCUAUCGUGGUUUUCUAUUAAUAUAGUGACCUAAUAGAACGUUAAAUAGUAAGAAUUAUGGUAUUUCAAUUUUUACUCUUCAAUAACAUUGCUGGUUUUUGAUUAGGUAAGGAAUGAGUGUUAAAAUUUCAUAUAUUUUUGGGGGAAAUUGAAAAAUAGAUAUUCUAAUUGCAAAACGUCAAUAAGUUCAAGAAUGGGAAUGGGAAUAUAAGGGAGGUUUUUUAAUACUUUGACUUUUUGUUUACCCCAAGAAACAGAAUUUCAGAGAUAACUUUUUUCUCAAAUCGCGAAUGUGCAAUACUAAACUGGCCUUAUAUCUAGUGGGAAAUAUUAAAAUCGAAAAUUCAAUCGCAGAACAUUGACAAGACAUUUGUAUUUGACAUUUUUCAAUAUUUUUUUUUUUACCUCGUGAGCCAGACUUCAAUCAGUAUAAUCAAUCUUAAAUAUCUUAAAAUUUGGUAUUCAAAUGAUUUGUAAUAACGGUUUUUCAUUAUAUUUCAGAUUUCAUUAUUUAAAAAUAAAUAUAAUCAAAAUGAGUCGAACUGCAAAAGAUAAAUCAAUGACUCGCAAGAAAAAAUUAGCUUAUAUUAAUGAUAUUUCCAUUCUCGAUGCAGAAAAUUUUGAACCACCUCAAUUGUCAUCAACUCCGUGGAAAUCAAUUAAAAAUUCAAAAAGAAUUUUGAAAGACAACAAUAGUUUAAAUAUAAGUGUGAUAAGUAAUAAACAGGAUCAAAAUAAAAAAUUGGAUGUAAAAAUCGAUAAACAACAUACAUCUAAAAUAGCAGUAAUAAAAGAGAAUUAUAAGCAUAAUCGAUCACCAAAACUAUUUUAUAGUGACCCAGAAGAAGAGUUUACGGAAAUUGAUGAUAAUAUAACUAAUAUAAGUACUACGAUAAUAAACGAUUCUGAUGAUAAAUGGACAACUUUAACUGAUGAAUCUGAAAGCAAAAACUGUACAAACAUUUCUGAUUUAUUAGCUGAAAUUGAUGCAGAUGUGGAACUCAGAUUUGAUAAGCCACCAAGACGAUCAUAUCCCGGAAAGAAAAGAAGCAAUAAGAGUAUGUUUGAAGAUAAAGAAGAAACAAAAGAAAUAGAUAUUAAAAUAGCAAAAAAAUGUAGAAAACCUAAACAAAAGAAAAAGAUAGAUCCACAAGAAGAGGCUUUCAUAAUGUCCAUAAACGAACACUUUAAUGAUGUUGAAACAUUUAAUUUAGCUGUAGAGUAGGUAACUAUUUUUUGUAAUAAAGCUAAUUUAGCUUAAUGUAUACACAUAAUAAUUUUAUUUACUUACAUACUAAGUAUAUCUGCAUGUACUUAAUGAUAGCAUAAUACAAAUUAUAAAAGCGUACUACAGCAUCAACCUAAUAGUGGUAACAUGAAUUUCGUCUACUGUACUUAACAAGUUCUGAGUUUCUGAUCUCAAGCAAUCAUAUAAUAUACAAAUAUAAAAAAAUAUAUUUAUCUAUGGCUAAUUUCAUACUUGUAAUUAUGUUUCUAAGUAAUUUGAAAUCCAAUCGAAACACAGGUAAUGCUUUUUAGGAAUGGUUUACAUUACUAAAUUAUAUGAUUUCUUAAGUUUGUAAGUUUACUUUGUAAUAAAUUGAAUCUUAUAAAUUAACCUUAUUAUUAAGUUCUAUCACUGUUGUAUAAUAUUACUAAUCAAAUGAAUAAACAAUGUUGAUGUUCUAAACUUUUAUUGUUUUCCUACUAAAAAUAAAUCUUACAAAUAAUUAAACAUUUCAUAAUAUUAUUUUAUAUAGUGUUAAUACUAUAUUUUCAAAAUGUAGCAAAGAUCACCAAUAUUAAAUGUGAGAAUAAUACAAUAUGUAUAAAUAUAAAAUAAUAGUUAUAGAUGUUCUUAAAUAAUUUAAUUUAACUCAUGUGAGUGUUUACAAAUUAAAUGUGUUUAAAAAGUGUAUUACAAGCGUAAACAGCAAUCUAACAGGGAUAUACAAUAAAAUAUUAUUUUUACUGAUAAUAUAUAUAUAUAUUAUCAGGCAAAAGUAUCCCAAGUUAUUUGUUACUUAUAAAAUUAUAAUCAAGUACACAACUAUGAAAAAUUAAGUUAAUAAUAAUAAACCACAAUAUAUAUUAUAAAAAAAAAUCUUAAUAAUAAAAACAAAAUAAAUAUAAAAUAAUAGAGUAGUUGUACAUAGACAGAUUUAAUAAUAUAAAUAACAUAAAAAAAUUCAUUUUUUUAUUUGAGUACAUAACAUGUGCAUAAUAUUAACAACAGAUUAUUUUGUACAUCUAUGUAACACUUCAGAUCAUUUUUGUCAGAUUAUUAAUUUAUGAGCCAAAUUAUUAAUUACUUAAGUACUUGUAUUAUGAUUUACAAAGUUAUUAAUCAUAAUAUGAAAAAUCUAAACAACUGGUAUGUUUUAUAACAAAUUAAUUGAUUAAAAAUAAUAGAAAAAGAGAAGAAAAAAUUAAAAUAACUAAAAUAUUUAUAAUUUAAAAACAUACUUUAACAAAAAUACAAUAAUCAUUCCAAUGAAAAAAUAUGUAAUACCUAUACUUUAUUUGAUUAUAAAUAAGAACUGUAUUGUAAUAUUAACAUUUUCUAAUUAUUUCCGUAACAAGCUAUCCUAAAUAUUUAAUUAAUAUAAUUUUAAAAAUUUGUUAGUAAAAGAUUAUAUAGUAAAAUCCCAUUAUAUUUAAUGCUGAAAUAUUAAAUUUUUAAUUGGAGAUAGUUAAACUUUGAAAUAUGUAAAAAUUUAAUAUAUGUGAAUAUUAUAAAAUGUUAUUACAAUUAAAAAAAAACUAAAUAAUAAAUUACACUUUACACAAAAAUAAUAAUAAAAAAAAAAAAAACUAUUAAUCACAGAAAUUGAUAGGUGGAAUUUAUGACCUCCCAAGUACUAACAAAUAAGUAUUAAUUGGAUAAGUACAUUUGAAUAAUAGAUAUUGAAGUUUAAACUAAAAAAUAUUAGUUUUUGAUUCCUAUUUUAUUUAAAUAUAAUUUUUAAUUCCUGAUUUUAUCAUUUUUCUUAAAAAAAAUUGCUUGUUUAGUAUACAAUGUACUGUUCCAACAAAAAACUGAAAAACAUGAUUAGAGAUAUAGGGGCCCAAACUUUAAGAAAAUAAAAAAAAAAAGGAUUUUUAACUCGUAUAUGGUUUAAAGGCCAAAUAAUAUUAUUCAUCAUAAAUACUAUAUUAUUCAGAAAGCCAUUUAAAGUUAUACAUUUUUCAAAUUUAAUUUUUCACCUAAAUAUGAACUUGAUAUGAUGUACAUAUAACCACGCAAUUAUUUGUUAUUAUAUUUUAAUAUGGACAUACGAGUAUUUUAUGGAUACAUUAUUAUUAUAAUUAUCUAAAAUUUUAUUUAUUAGUAUUGCCAAAUAUUGUAUGUUCAGACAUGUUAUAUUUGUUCUCUUAAAAUAAACACAAUGUUAAUAUGUCUAUUUAAAAUAGUUGUAUGUAACAAUGUUUAGACUAAUUAUUGUGCAUUCAAAAAUAAGAUCAGCUCAUAUAUAAUUACAAAAAAAUAAUACAGUCCUAAUAAUUUUGAACGCUUGAUAUUUGGCAGAAUCGUAAAAAGAACCCAGAUUUUCUUAAUUGGACUUAUAAAACUAAGUUUUGAGAAAUGAAAUUAUUAAAUUUGGGCUUUAAGUUUUUUUUUUCACUUAUAAACGACCCAAAAAGUUUUCCUUAUAAGUGCCUAUGUAAUGAUAAUAUAGAAAUAAAAAAUUUGAAUUAUAAGUUUUUUAAUAAAUCCAAAAAAAAAAAGGAUAGAAACAAAUGUUUGUUUGAAAUAUUAAGCGUAUGCAAAAAUGAAUUGUGAUCAUUAAUAAUUGAUUUAAGUAAACUCAAUAAAUUAAGUGAAAAAUAGCUCAAUACUAUUAUUAAAAUGACUAAAAGUAAUGAUUUACAUAUACAUUUAAUUUUAACUGUUUAAAAUAAAAAAAAUCAAAUAUCAUUAAACACAGUGCUUACAAUUAUUAUUAAUAAUUAUUGUAUAAUAAAUAUUUUUUUUUCUACAGAAUAGCAAAAUGCAUGGUAAUUAUUUUUUUUUAUAUAUCUACAAUAAUUGCGAUUACUAUAAUAAGGCUCAAGACUCCCAGCAUUUAGAAAUAUUAAUGCUAAGUUUUGUAAUUUAAAAAUAUUUAAAUAAAACAUGUACUUUAUAAUUUAAUUUCCAUUUUUAAUUUUCUGUGUUAUUUAAAUGUCUUUAAAAAAUUAACUUAAUUAAUUAAUUAAACUGUUACUACCUAUACUAUUUGAAUAGUAAAAAUAUAAAAUGAUAAGUCUUGAGCCUUAAUUAAUGGUUAUUUAUAAAUAAAUGUAUUUUAUUCUAUAUUAAGGGUGGUUUAUUUAUUUUAAUUUUAACCAAUUCUAAUGAUAUUCAUAUGACUUACAAAAUAAAUAUAAAUACUGUAAUUUACAAACAUUUCAAACUCUUAAUCAUCAGACCUUAAACUCAAUAAAAAUAUAAAACUCGUUCUUGGGCAGGAACACUGAGCAAUCUCCAACCACGUUUUAUAUUCAUAUAUUGUAUAACAGCACGAAUACAAAUUAAAAAUCCAAAUGCCAUAACUAACCACCAAAGCCACGUAUUUGAAUGAUUUUCUGAUGAUAGCUCUGCCAUUUCAGUAUUACGUUUCACUAUCAUUGUCCAUUUAGCUAAUGAUAAUCCAAAUCCAGCAAGUGCACCAUAACGAGCCGCAACAGUUUGACAUAAACACAUUAACACCAAGAAACCUACCCAAUUGAAGAGUAACGCGACUGGA